AUGACGGCAAGUGCAAACAGGGUGUCGACGUACACCUCGGCCUCGGCGGGGUCCGAUGGGCGCAAUGGCGAGAAGAAGGACCUCUGGAGCUCCAUGCUCGACAACGUCGCCAGCGGCAAGCGGUUACCGGAGAAGAACAUGAUCGUGCUCGGCGGCACGCCCGACUCGCAGCGGGAGUUUAUCGAGUCGCUGUCGCACAGCAGCGAGAAGCGGACCCUGGACCGCCAGAGCUCCAAGACACCGCCUGUCGCAAACAGCUUCGCUCUGGGUUACACUUACUACGACGUUCUGGACGCCGACCAAGAAGACAUCCUGGCGAGAAUCUCCCUCUACAUGCUGUCGACGCCGUCAGAAGCUUUCCCGAAACUCAUCCAGCCGCUAGUCACCCCCGAGACGAUACCGAAUACCCUAAUGGUCAUUCUCCUGGACUGGUCUACACCACACAUGUGGAUGCGGCAACUAAGGGAAUGGAUCCUGUUUAUGCGGAGCAUUCUUGAGAACUCGAGCCACGAGUGUCAAGCGGCGAUGGAGGAGCUCAUGGUCAGUUGGAGGGACAGGGGUAGAGGCGGCGGCUCGACCAACCUCGACGGCACAGGAGCGACGACCAGCGAAGGAGAUGUCGCGUUGCCUCUCGGCCCUGGCGAGUGGGAGGAGGGUAUUGGACUGCCGUUGUGUGUAGUUUGCCAAAAUGCGGAGAAGAUGGAGCAGUUGGAAAAGACACAAGGUUGGAAGGAGGGAGACUUUGAUCAAGUCCUUCAAUACCUCCGAACAGCUUUACUAAGACGCAUCACCUCUCUCCUAAAACGCCAGCCGCUGAAGCACAACGUGAUCGACAGGGAUAAGAUCCUCGUGCCCCCGAACUGGGACUCCUGGGGCAAGAUCCGCGUCUUGCGCGACGGCUUCGACGUCGAGACCACGAGCCAAGGAUGGUCGCACGACCUGCAAUCCACCUUCCCCUCCCCACCCAUGACCACCGAGGGCCUCGAAAUCGUAACCAAGGCCAAGGCGGACGGCGACUACAACGGUGAGGUGUGGUCAUCCGCAGUCGCUCCCUACGAGGACUGGAUUCGCGAUCUCAGCAGCGCAGGCAGCGCCAUCUCCUUCGCGGGCCGCGACGCCGACCCCUCGCAGCUGGAGAUGUCGUCAACAGACACACAAGAGUUCUUGGGGUCCAGUCUGCAGACGCUCGAGCAGUACCGCAGCAGGAGCGCCGAGGACAAGAAGGCGGACGCAACCAAGUCAAGGACGGGCCAGCAGCGCGCGGACGAGCCGGACCUCGGCGCCACAUUGCGCCAGGGCGACGGCAAGGUCAGCCAGCACAUCGGACCUGUGCAGUUCAACAUGGGAGGCAUCCAGGUGGAUGCCGACGACAUGGUGCAGCGGCUUAAGGGUCUUGCGGAUGAUGAGGAGUGGAGACUAACAGAGACACAGGACCGUCAGGCAUACAGCUCUGCACAGGAACCGACCACGCCGCCGGCCGACACCGCGAACGAGAACCCCGACGACAUGGACAACGACAAGCUGGAGGCGUUCUUUAGCGGUCUGAUGAACCGCAAGCAACCUACGAACGGCUCCUGA